AUGAAGUUCUAUUCAGUUCUUGCGCUUGUGUUCACAGGCCGCUCGUUAGCAGCAAGUAUCGCCGCUACCGAUGCCUUCCGCGCUGAGGGAUACCAAGCUAGCAAUGCAUUUCCAGCCCAGCCUUUGUUCUCUGAUGGUCGGGCCGCAUAUCUUGGAGACUACAGUCUAUUAAACAACACUGAUGCCGCACCCGUCAUCCUUCAACGUGGUGACUCUGCUGUUUCGCACUGGUCGGCCGCACCAGGGGCGACCAACGGCGUCCGCCCAUCCUGGACCGGAGUGCGCAUUGCUGUGCCAUCUAGCGGGUCUACUGAGCAUGAUGUGGUUUUCGUAGAUCCGGCCUCGGACUUGUCCAACCUCGUGGACGACUUUGCUCUCUACAACCCCCAGAUAUUCGUUCAAAACCCAGAGAGCUCACAGCUGGAGGAUUGGUGGUUUGCGCAGCCUCAUGAAGUGGACGGCGUCUGGAAAUUGCUCUGGUGGCCCAACGGAGACGACACUGAUGGGAAGACUAGAAUCCAGCUCCGAAAGGCCAGUCAGUAG